UGAUACCAUUCGCUAGAAACAAACAGAUUUCCGCAGGCGCAAUCGCCUCACUUCAACUUUUUGGUCCACGCUCCGCACUUGGUGCAGCUCGGCUUUUGGUCAGUCGACUUCCAGCAUGCUUCGAUCGUUUCGCAUUGCCGGGCCCGCAGCCCGCGGCAACCUUGGUGUGCCGAGGACAGCCCUUAUUAGGCCGCUGAGCACAUGUCAAAAAGCGUCAAUCACUGCGUCAUACCACGUUACAGCUCCGUCACGGACAAACCGCCUCACAACCCCCGCGAUCCAGCACCAAAGAUACUUCCACGGCAGCGCAACAAGGAUGGCAGCAAAGACGAGGACGGAGAGCGAUGCCUUCGGUGAGAUUCAGGUCCCGGCCGACAGGUACUGGGGAGCGCAGACGGAGCGCUCCCUCGAGAACUUCCGCAUCAAUCAGCCCCAGGACCGGAUGCCACCGCCCAUAAUCAGGGCUUUCGGUAUCCUGAAGGGAGCUGCUGCGACGGUCAACAUGCGCUAUGGCCUUGACCCCACCAUCGGCAAGGCCAUUCAGCAGGCGGCCAAGGAGGUCGCGGACCUCAAGCUGAUCGACCACUUCCCCCUCGUCGUCUGGCAGACCGGCUCCGGCACUCAAUCCAACAUGAACGCCAACGAGGUGAUCAGCAACCGGGCAAUUGAGAUCCUCGGCGGCACGAUGGGCACCAAGAAGCCGGUGCACCCUAACGACCACGUCAAUCGCUCGGCUUCAUCCAACGACACCUUCCCGACCGUUAUGCACAUUGCCGCCGUGUUGGAGAUCGAGGGCGAGCUGCUUCCGGCUCUUCGCAGCCUCCGCGCCGCGCUCCAGGCCAAGGUGGAGGAAUUCGAGGCGAAGAAGAUCAUCAAGAUUGGCCGCACCCACCUGCAGGAUGCCACUCCCCUCACUCUCGCUCAGGAGUUCAGCGGAUAUGUCGCACAGCUCGACUUCGGCAUCAAGCGCGUCGAGAGCGCUCUGCCGGACCUGCGCCUCCUGGCCCAGGGCGGUACUGCGGUCGGCACGGGCAUCAAUACCUUUGAAGGCUUCGCCGAGGCCAUUGCGGAGGAGGUCAGCAAGAUGACGGGUACCGAGUUCAAGACGGCUCCCAACAAGUUUGAGGCGCUGGCCGCCCACGAUGCCAUCGUGCAGGCGCACGGAUCUCUCAAUACGCUCGCCGCGUCGCUCAACAAAAUCGCGCAAGACAUCCGCUAUCUCGGGAGCGGUCCUCGGUGCGGUCUUGGCGAGCUGAUCCUGCCCGAGAACGAGCCCGGCAGCUCCAUCAUGCCGGGCAAGGUCAACCCGACGCAGUGUGAGGCACUCACGAUGGUGUGCGCUCAGGUCAUGGGCAACCACGUUGCUUGUACCAUCGGCGGCAUGAACGGGCAGUUCGAGCUCAACGUCUACAAGCCGCUGGUCAUUCGCAACCUGCUCCACAGCAUCCGGCUACUGGCGGACGGCAUGCGCAGCUUUGAGAAGAAUCUGGUUGUCGGCCUGCAAGCCAACGAGGAGAAGAUUUCCAGCAUCAUGAAGGAAUCGCUCAUGCUUGUGACCUGUCUCAACCCCAAGAUCGGCUACGACAUGGCUAGCAAGGUGGCCAAGAACGCGCACAAGAAGGGCCUGACGCUCAAGGAGAGCGCCAUGGAGCUGAAGGCGCUGACUGAGGAGGAGUUCGACGCGCUCGUGAGACCCGAGCUCAUGGUCGGCCCCAAGCCCUACAAAGGCUAGAUUCAUAGCGCUAGCUCUGUCCGAUCAGCACGGUAGGAUAGCCUGGAGAGUUCUUGUGCUCGACUAUGCGCCCGAACAGGGGACGCAACGCGGCGAUUGUCAUAAGCAUCGCUGAGCCAAGUGAA